AUGGAUAUGAAUAUAACAGCCUGCUAUGAUAUUCUUAUUAACAUCUUUAUCGUAAUAUGCGCUUCUUUAGAAUUUGAAGACGAGGAUGAUAUUCAUGUUGUAAGAGGACGUUAUACAAGAGACAUCAGCAAUUUUUAUGCGGUUGUGCCAAGGAGGGUAAAUGCUGAUGGAGACUUUAUAGCUUACCACUUACCUAGGAAAUAUGAAUAUUAUAGGAAACGAAGAGAUGUAUCGAAAGAAAAUACAAUUAACUGUGCAACGAAGGAAAAAUCUAAAUGCUCCGUACACUCUAGUGAAAAAAACGAGCAAAAACAAAAAACAAGUUCUAUAGGUAAAAAGAAGUGUAGAGACUCUAGUGUAAAAAACGUGCAAAAACAUAAAGCAAGUUCUAUAGGUAAAGAGGAGUGUAACGACUCUAGUGUAAAAAACGAGCAAAAACAUAAAGCAAAUUCUAUAGAUAAAAAGAAGUGUAGGGCUACUAAAAAGUUCUCUGAUACUCGGGCACAUAACUUUAAAGAAUCAUUAAAAAAAAAGUCAAAUGAGGACGAUGAUCAGAAACAGGAAGAAGACGAGUUAAAUUGGGAUUUUGAUCAAAAAGCAAAACGAUCUUCUAACGCACUAAAAACUGACAAUGCAAAAUUGAUGAAGGAAAGAAGCGUUUUGGAUUCCGAAAAAAGUAAACAUGGUGAAAUGCCAAAAAAUUAUAAUAUUUAUUCGCCAUUAGCUCAAAAUUCUGAUACGAAUAAUGAGCAAAGAUCAGAUCUUGCAGAUCUCACUAACAUCAAUUACAUUGAUAUUCCUGAAACUGGCAAUGAUUUAUCAAAGUCCAAUAAUCAUGAUCAUUCUAAUUAUGAAGCGAAUAAUGGUAUAAAUUUUGCUGAAUCCUUUGUAGACGAUAAUUUAGAUGAAGGGGUGAAAAUUUUAGAACACCCAAAUGUAUCACGGAAAAAGAAAGAGAUCUCAAACAAAAUAAAUACAGUUAUUAAUGCUGACCAUCUCACAGAAAGUGAGCCUCAGUAUGAAAUCUUUUAUCAUACUAGUACUAAAAGACAUAAAAGGGAUGUUACAAGUAGCCCAAUACCUUUAAAACAUUCAGAUGUGCAGGAGACAUUAUUCAGAGAUUCGGAUGUAGAUUUGAGAUUUCCAGAAUUCAUAAUACCUUCGCAAGAAGAAGCUGCAGAAGAAAUUUUAGAUCAUGCUAGUUUAGUUAGAAAUAAAAGAAAUGCUAUGCCUUAUGAAGAAAAUGAAGAGCAAGACCUACAAUCAGAUAACCACGAUCAUGUUUUGGAAUCUGCGCGUGAAUCGAGAAGCAAACGCGAAAACAUAAAUGAAACUCCUAAUGUGAUAGAAGCUAGCAAAUUGAAAAUAGAUUUAAAGAACAAUAAAAGGUUAAGGAGGCAAAUACUCGACUAUUCUAGUACAUCAAUUAAGAUCCCUGACAAUAGGCCAAAUGUUAAUAAUGAAAACAAGAAUGCAGAUGCAGGUGCUCAAUAUGAAGAUUUGCUUGCAAAUAACGACGGUGCUUUUCCAGUGCCAAAAUCUGUCGGAUCUUUCCAAUCGUCACACAAGUUUAUACAGCCUUAUAGAUAUGAAUCUGGUAGCGCUGAAGUGAAAAAUGAAAAUCCAUUGUAUCUGGACCAACUAAAUGAUAUUUUUGGUGAACGAAAUGAUAUUCUGGGCCAACAAAGUAAAAAUACAAAUAGUAAUAAACAUUAUUUGAAUAAACGCCAAAAAGAAGACGAAUCCUUUAAAAUGACUAAACCAUCACUUUUUAUGGAACGCGAAAGUGAACCUGAGGAACAUUAUAUGAUUCCGAUAGGCCCAGAUGAAGAACUUCAUGUGGAAUUAUGGCCCAAUGAUCGUUUUCUUUCGCCAGACGCAGUUUUAGAAAGACAUGGUGCUGAGGCAGACAGAACGGUAUCUUCGAGAACUUUAAAUAAAUUACGUCCAUUACAAUGCUAUUAUACUGGAGUAGUACGCGGGGAGCCAGGUUCAAGAGUUGCUCUAGCACUUUGCGAAGGAAUUGCGGGUUAUAUAAGAGCACCCUUUGGAACGUACUUCAUAGAGCCAGCGCUCGAUCAUGAACCAAAUUCAUUAGGGCAGCAUCUUCAUAUUGUACAUAGGCCGGAACAAUCUUUUCUUCAAACUGGUCAAUGUGGUACAAAUCAGUGGGAAGAAGGUUGGUUAAGAAGAUUCAGUUCUCAAUAUAAGAAGCGAGGCGAAUAUGAAAGCAAACACAGAUAUUUGGAAACUUUAGUGGUGGUUGAUAAAAAGUUUUUGGAUUAUCAUAAAGACAGAGAUCACGAAACUUAUAUAAUGACAAUCAUGAAUAUGGUUGCUGAUUUUUAUCACGAUGCCAGUUCUGGCAAUCAAAUGGAUGUCGUUGUUGUUCGUUUAAUUUACUUAGAGCAAGAGAAAAAAGCGAUAGAUUUGUCAAUAAGUCAAGAUGCCGAAAAAACUUUAGAUAGUUUUUGUGCAUGGCAGCAAAGUGUCAACCCUUCAGAUAUUCAACAUCCUCAUCAUCAUGAUAUUGCUGUUUUAUUCACAAGGUAUGAUAUUUGCUCCGACAAAAUGAAAAAUUGUGGUCUUUUGGGCCUAGCAAAUGUUGCAGCCGCAUGCACCGGAGACAGAUCUUGCGCUAUCAAUGAAGAUUCAGGACUAAUGCUUGGCGUAGUUACUGCUCAUGAAAUGGGACAUGUUAUGGGUUGUGGUCAUGACAAGCCCGAGGAAUCGGGCUGCCAAGCUCAAGCGCCAGAUAAAAGUUACCAUGUUAUGUCUCCUUUUGUUCAUUUAUCAACUGGAAGAUGGUCCACUUGUAGCAAAUCAUUUAUGACAACAUUUUUUGAAAAUAAUUUAGGAGAAUGCUUAAAUGACAAACCGCAAGAAUCAAAGUUUAAAGAUUUGGAGAUGCCACCUGGUGCUAUAUAUGAUGCUGAUUAUCAGUGCGACUUAGAUUUUCCUGGAUCUACUGCCUGCGAAGUAGAUCAAGAAAAAUUUUGCAAAAUGCUUUUUUGCAAAAACAAGCCAUCUUCUUGUUCAUCUAAGGGAGAACCACCAGCUGAAGGUACAAAAUGCGGAGAGAACAAGUGGUGUUACAAUAGGACGUGCGUUGAAAUAGGAGCUCGUCCUGGCUCGAUUGCGGGCGGUUGGGGCGAAUGGGGCGCCUGGGGAGAAUGCUCACGAACUUGUGGCGGAGGAGUAUCAAUAUCAGAGCGGGAAUGUGAUAAUCCUAUUCCACAAAAUAAAGGCCGUUAUUGUCUUGGUGAUCGCAAACGUAUCAAAAUUUGUAAUACGAAGGAUUGCCCGCAUGAUUCUCCAAGUUUUCGAUUUGUUCAAUGCAAAAAAUUUGAUGAAAAACCUUUUAACGGUGAACUGCUGAAGUGGUUGCCUUAUACAGGCAAAAUUAAUACCGAUCCUUGUGCUUUGUAUUGCAUUAACAAUAAGCACAUUUACGUAAAGCUCGCACCGCGAGCAAAGGAUGGUACAAAGUGUAAAAGGGGCACUAGAGACAUGUGCGUGGCUGGUUACUGUAAACAAGUAGGCUGUGACUGGGAGUUCGAUUCAGACGCUGUUGAAGAUAUAUGUGGCAUUUGCGAUGGCAAAGGCACUGAAUGUCAACGAAUUGAAAAAGUGUUUAAAGAUAAACCAACACCAGGAUAUGUUAAGAUUGCGACUAUACCUAAAGGCUCGAGAAAUAUUAUAGCAGUCGAAUUAGCUGCCUCUGAUAAUACUUUGGCAGUUUCGGCUGCUGAUGGUACAACAUUUUUCCUCAAUGGUGAUAAUCGUGAGAAUGUAGAUGGUGAAAAAGAUUUUGGUGGUGCUGUUGGCGUCUACACUCAUCCAGAGCCAACUAGAGAAGAGUUGAUGAUUGGGGGACCACUUACACAAGACUUAAUACUACAAGUUUCUUUUUAUUCUGCUAAUAAUCCUGGUAUAAAAUACGCAUAUUCAACGCCUGUAUCUGAGAGUGAAAUUGCACAAGCAGAAAAAGAAGUUCAGACACGAAAAAGGCAAAAAGCGGAAAGGGAGGAAAAAAUUCUUAAUGCCGGAAUGCCAGGACAAGAAGGCGAUUCUGGUGAUAAGGAGUCUGAAUCUGUAUCAGAUAUGGUUACUGCACCGACGACUGAGCCUUCUAAUUUAGAUCUUUUAACAUCAUCUGAUACUCCAGAAUCUCCGUUAAAUAUUGAGGCUCCAAACCCUUAUCAUUGGGAAUUUUUAGAGUGGUUACCAUGUUCUGCUCAGUGCGGAGGAGGCGUCAGCAUAUCCAAACCCAAUUGUGUUCAAGAUAAUGUCGGUAGAGUUGGACCUGAAAUGUGCGAUGCCGGUGCUAAACCUGAUCCUAAAACCAAGUUGUGCAAUGAUCAACCUUGUAAAGCCAAAUGGCGUAAAAGCGAAUGGGGUCCGUGUACUGGUUGCACUUUUCGUUCUGGAAUUAGAAAACGAACAGUUCAAUGCGUGCGUGAAUCUCCUAAAAUCGGUGAAGACGAUAUUAUAGCAGAUCCUGAAGUAUGUUUGACUGAAGUAGGUCCUAAGCCUGGCGACAGAGAACUAUGCACAGUACGUAAAGAAUGCCCCGAAAACUGUCCGCCCAAAGAAUCAAAGAAUAAAGCCUAUCGGCUUUCAAGAGAAGCUUAUGAACAUUUAUGGAGACACAUGCGUUAUGCACACAGCAAUAAUGACGAAUUUGAUGAGAACGAUAAACAAAUUGCAAAUAUGGAACCGAUAACAGAAACAUCAUAUGAGGACAUUGGAAAUGAGGUUUAUUACAUGCAACCUGCUGAGAAAAGAUUGCGAUCUGACGAACACCAGAAAGUCGAAGAUAAAGCAUUAGAUAGUGAUGAUUAUGAAGAAAAUGGACCAAUAGAGCAUAAAGAACGCUUGUCACGACAUGGUGCUACGACAAUGGCAUGUGAAACCACUCUUACCCCGCCUACUGAAGGAAUAAACUCAAGUGCAGUAGCAAUAAUAAAAAUUGCCACACCAAAAAUUUCUAUUGGAACUUCAGUAACUAAAGCAACGACUUUCCCACAAAAGAUGACAACAUCACAAGUAAUUGUAGCGUCAGCCGCGCCAGCAACUACUGUUCAAAGUGCAAAAGGACAAGGCAAUUUUAACAAUUCUUUGAUAACAAUGUCUGCUGCAAAUACUACCUCUGGUUCUCCCACAAAAGCUUCCUGUGUUCCAACUACAAUGGUCCCUAUCAAAGAUAUCGAAUGUGCCAAAAACGGUACACCAGGUGAGCAACCAAUACCAAAAGCGAAAAUUGAAGCUUUCUUUAAUAACACAAAGACAAUUCUAGAUCGUGUACCGAAUGAGGAGAUAAAGUUGAUUGAAGUGCCUCUUAAACCGAAAUCCGAAGAUAUUUUGUCUGAUGAAGCGAUAUUAAAAGUUGGAGAUAAAUUGAGUGAUCAGCUUGAUAUGUGUAAAGGAGUCAUUCAUACUGGAGAAGAUGCAGCUAAUUUACUAAAACAAGAUAUAUCUACAAGCACAGAAGGGAAUUCCGAAACUACUCUUAUGACUAGCGAAAGCACAACUAUCACCACACUAUCAGAUGAUGAAAAUUAUAAAAAGAAAAUAUAUCAAAUCUAA